AUGUGUGUUGACUACAAGGAUCUGAACAAAGCAUGUCCCCGUGACUGCUACGCUUUACCAGAUAUAGAUGAGAAAAUCGAUUCUUUGGCAACAUUCCGGUGGAAAUGCUUCUUGGAUUGCUACAAAGGGUACCACCAGGUCCAAAUGGCCAUCCAAGAUGAGGAUAAAACCGCUUUCCGCACGCCAACAGGGUUGUAUUGCUACACCAAGAUGCCGUUCGGCUUAAAGAAUGCAGGUGCAACGUACCAAAGGUUGAUGAACGAAACAUUCAGUGACGCCAUCGGGAAGUACAUAGAAGUGUACAUGGAUGAUCUGGUAAUCAUGAGCAAGGAGGAGAGCGCGAUGCUGGCAAAUAUCCAGAAGACCUUCAACACGCUGCCCAGCGUAAGCAUCAAACUGAAUCCAGCAAAGUGCUCAUUCGGAAUGAAAGAAGGAAAGUUUUUGGGCUUCAUAGUCACUAAAGAUGGUUUUAAGGUGAAUCCAGAAAAGGUCCAGGCCAUAGAAAGGAUGCCUUCACCAGCAAACGUCAAAGACAUGCAAAAGCUUGCAGGACGAUUGGCAGCACUCAAUCGAACCUUGACCGACCCAGAAACCAGAUACGCAAUCAUGGAAAAGCUUGUCCUUGCACUGAUUCACGCGUCAAGAAGGCUGCGCAGAUAUUUCGCCAAUCACGUCAUCCACGUGCUAACAAACUACAAUAUUGGGAAUAUCCUGGCAAGGCCAGAAGUAUCAGGAAGGUUGGCCAAAUGGGCGAUAGAGCUAGGGGGACACAAUGUGGUUUUCAGACCACGUCCAUCGAUCAAGGGCCAAGUCUUGGCAGAUUUUAUGACAGAAGUUCCAGACGACAAAGACAGAGAAUGCAAGGCGAUGGAGAAAGCUGAGAAAAAAAAAACAGAAGAGCCAUGGCUACUGUACACAGAUGGUGCAUCCAACGAAGAUGGGGCAGGUGCAGGGCUAAGGCUAGUAAGCCCUGACAAACAUGAGUUCACAUACGCCAUACGCCUAGACUUCAAGAGCACAAACAAUGAAGCAGAGUAUGAAGCCUUUCUGGCCGGCUUGCGUUUGGCAAUCAAAAUGGGAGUCCGACACAUCGAAGCACAUGUGGACUCCAUGUUAGUAGCAGGCCAAAUCAACGGCCAGUACGAAGCCAAGGGCGACAUAAUGGCACUCUAUCUCAACCAAGCGAAAACGUUGUUACAAACUUUCUAUUCCUACAAGGUGCAUCACAUAAACCGCAGCGAAAACAAGCCGGCAGAUGCUUUAAGCAAGCUUGCGUCGACAAGUUUCCAGCACUUAGCAAAGGAUGUGCGCAUAGAAGUUUUGAGCAACCCAUCUGUUCCACUCAGAGAAGUCAGCGUCAUCCAAACAGGAACCACGUCCUAG